AUGAAAAAUAAUAUAAUUAUUAUAUAUUUUUAUUUUAUUUUUAUAAAAUAUACAUGUGAAGGUUUGAAGAUACAUAAAAUAAAAAAAAAUUAUUUCACCUUAAAUAAAAAUGGAGGUAAUACAGAUAGAUAUAAAAAUAAUUCACCCAAUAAUAAUAUUAAAAAGUUAGGUAAAUUUAAAAAGGAAAAUAAAUUUCUUCAUUUUGAAAAUAAAAAAAAGAUAUCUAUUAAUCCAUUGUUUCAGUCUCUAUGCAAAAAUGUAAGUGUUAGUGAAACAUGCUUAUAUAAUAUUCAAAAUUUUUUUAGUAAUGUAAAUUAUAAUAACCUUAAAAAAAAUAAUUCAGAGGGAAGUAAGCAUUUUUGUGGUGUACUUUAUGGAAAAUAUGAAAAUAAUGAAUUUGUGAAAAUUGAAAAUGUAUUUUUUUCAAUGAAUGUUUCUGAACAUUUUUAUGAUGUAGAAUAUCUUUUAAAUAGUGAAGAUAGAAAAAAAGCCGAUAAAUUAGCAAAAAUGUUAAAUUUAGAAGUAGUAGGUUUUCUUUAUGCCUAUCCUGAUAUAGGUAUUGAUAUAGAUAUAUCUAAUAAAAAAAAAAAAAACUAUAUGAAAUUAAAUAAAAAAAUGAAAAUAUUGGACGACGAAGAAAAUGAAAUAUUUAUACCAAUGGGUGGUAAAGAAGUUUUAUUAUCAUUAUUGCUAAUGAAACAAAUAUUAGACAAUUCAAAAGAAUGCAAUGAAAAAAUAAAUGAAUUACAUAAUAAUGGUAAUGAAAAUGAUAACUAUAAAAAAUGUAAAAAUGACAGUUGCAUAAUAAAUGAAAGUAAAAGAAGAUCUUUAAAAAAAAAAAAAAAAACCUCCAAUAUAAAGCCUUUUAUUACUUUAUCAGUUGGUAUGAGUAAAAAUACUGAUUCAAUUAUAGUAGAAGCAUAUGAAAUUAAUUAUGAUCUACUGGAGCUAAUAAAACAUAAUAUGAUAAAAGAUAUAAAAAAACAAAAUAGUAUAUUGCAGUUUGAGAAAAAACAAAAUGAAAAAGAAAUGAAAAUAAAAAAAUUUGAUAAUGAAAUAGAUAUUAUGAAUGAAUUAUAUUUAAAAUGUAAAAAUAAUAUUCUUAUUAAAAAAGUUGAACUAAAAAAAGUUGACAUAUUAUUUUGUGUAAAUAAUGUUCCUAUAUUUUCUCAUAAAAGUAGUUACAAUUAUUUUUUCCCUUAUCCUUCAAAUGAUAAUUAUUAUAGUAUUCUUCAUAUAUUUAAUAAUAUGAUAAAAUCAAUAGAUAAUAAAAAUGAUAUUGUAAAUAUUUUUAGAGACUUUAAUUUUCUUUUUUUUUUAACUAAUAUUUUUUCUGUUGAUCAUGAUAUUCCUUAUUUUUGUGCAGCUGUCAAUGAUAUAACUAAUUCUAUUCAUAUUCCUGAUCAUUAUAUACAUAUUUUAAAAAAUUUAUCAAAAAAUACAAAUAUACUUUAUUAA